GUCAGUUCGGUGGGUGGCGGUAAUGCGCCUACAAUCUAUCAAAAGAAGAAGUACCCCGGAAGUUGUGUGGCUUGUGAAGGUCUUGAGCUGGAAACUUCACGUUUUUAUUCACAAUGGGCGUCAAAUUAGAAAUCUUUAAGAUGAUGUUUUAUGUAUCCUUCCCCGUCACUAUCUUCUGGAUCUCCAAUCAACCGGACUAUUUUGAGGAAUACGUCUUGAAGAAGAAGAGGGAGAUCUUACCCCCCAAUGAGGCACAUCAAAGGAAGGAGUUGGAGGACUUCAAGGAGAGGAUGCGAGUUCGAAAGGAGCAGCGGUUAUUGAAACAAAUCUCCAUGGAGUCAGAGAACUAAAUAUAUUUUGUGAAAUGAAAGCUAUAUUGUAUAUAUGAACCUAUCUGGAUGAUGUUGAUUAUGAUGCUUUCUGGAGCAAACAGUAAGCUGAGCUUUUAUUACACAAAAUAUGAUGUAAUAAAGGUUUAUUUUGUGG